AUGAAUUCAAGCUCAAGUUCUUCGUCAGGUAGUACUUCGUCAAGCGGUAGUUCGAGUUGUUCAGACAGCUCAGGCAGCACAACCGACGAUACAAACGAAACAAGUACUUCAAGUGAUGUAAAACCUAAUAACAACACUUCUAAAGGUAACGAUUCCAAAAGCAAAAAUCAGCCAAAUACGCGAAGGAAAAGUUCGGAAAAUAAAUUAAAUCAACAAAAGUUGAAUGAAAUUGAUAAAGUUACCUCAAAAUCAAAAGCAAUUACAAACGGCAAUGCUACUCAACGCCAGUCAAAACCCAGUGUUUUUUCAAGUGAAGACGAUACGCCGCCACCCAAACGACCGAUCCGAACAACCGCAAAUGCAAUUACGGGACCAACUAGUACGCAAAGACGUAAGAGUUCAGGAGCGGCUGCAAGCGCGCCAUUUGUCUUAACAUCUUCCAAACUUCAAAAACCCGCUACGGAAGUAGCUCCAACGAAGGACGUUGCUAAUAGCAGCAAAGCUGGUAAAACAGGUGCUGAAACAGAAAAGGAUAAGCAAGUGGGUUUGUCAGCUGAUUCAGAGGCUUCGGAAAAAGGACCUGCAUUGAGAAAAGGAAAGUCAGAUAAUCAAAAACCAGCAACAAAAAACGCAACAACCGAACAGACAGUAAAAGGAAAAGGCCCUCCACCAAAACGUGGACUGCCGGGCAAAGCAGCUAAUAACGCAACUAGACGUAAGAGUGUCGAAGAAUCUGAAUAUGAUAGUGCGUCCGGAUCAGAAGAUGAAUCUAGCAGUAGUAGUAGCGAAACAGACAGCGAUAGCGACUCUUCGUAUUCAACGAAAGCAGGUAGAAGUCAAAGGAAUAAACGUCAAAUCAAAACAAAUGGUAAUAACAAGGCGGGCAAUUCAGAUAGCGAUGAAUGUCAUACACGAAAUAUGUCCAACAGGAAACUUACACGCUCUCUAAGUACUCGGCAAAAUAAGCAACAAUUGAAACCUACAACGGUUGGAGGAGGUGGCUUUGCGUCCGAAACAGACUCAGAUGGUCGAGAAAUAAAACGUGCCCUCUCCAAGAGCCCUGCCAAAAAAGCGUAUCUUGGUGGUACUGGAGGCGUUGGUUUAAGUAAAUGUAAAGUAAAAAAAGAGGUGGGAUUAGGCAGUAUAUCUCUUAUGCCGCGAGCACCCUCACCUCCGCAAUUAGAGAAAAAAUGUCCUAUUGAAGGAUGUGAUUCUUCUGGUCACCUGAGUGGUAAUUUCGAUCGACAUUUUUUGCCAGAAGCUUGCCCAAUCUAUCACAAUAUGUCUGUUUCUGAGUGCAAAGAACGGGCUAACGAACGUAAAUUACGCAGUGAAGUGCGUACAAAAUCAUCAACUAAUUCCAAUAGCAUCGAUGCCCAAAAGAUCGCCUCCUAUACGAAGCAUGCACAAACCCCCGAGCAAAAAGAAUUUUAUAAUAAGAUCAAAGACUCUCGAUCACGAUUUAAACCUAUUUCAGACAUUGUCAGCAACGAUAAGGUAAAACUGGAGAAAGAUUGUACAGAUGAGGAUCGAGAACCUAGCUUACUAGGAUUGGUACCCGACUAUGAUUUGCAAUUGUUUAGAGAUGCACAGGCUUUGGCCUCUGAAAAGGUAGAGGACGAAGUCAAAGACUUGCCAAUCGGUAAAGGCAUAAAAUAUAUAACUAUGGGGAAAUAUAAAAUGAAGGUGUGGUACCAAUCUCCGUACCCUGAAGAUGUUGCGCGUCUACCUCAAAUGUAUAUAUGUGAAUUUUGUUUACGUUACCAAAAAUCUGAAACAGGUAUUAAGCGACAUGCCCAGAAAUGUGUGUGGCGCCAUCCUCCAGGCGAUGAGAUUUAUCGAAAAGGCAAAUUACAAGUAUGGCAAGUGGAUGGUAAACGCCAUAAACAAUAUUGUCAGCACUUGUGUUUGCUGGCCAAAUUCUUUCUCGAUCAUAAAACUCUAUACUACGAUGUGGAACCAUUUCUCUUUUAUAUAAUGACUUUGGCUGAUGUUGACGGUUGCCACACGGUUGGUUAUUUUAGUAAGGAAAAAAAUUCAUUUUACAAUGUCUCGUGUAUACUGACGCUACCUCCUUACCAGCGAAAGGGUUACGGAAGAUUACUAAUUGAUUUCAGUUAUUUGCUAACACGUGUUGAGGGCAAAAUUGGCUCUCCCGAAAAGCCUUUAUCGGAUUUAGGACUAAUAUCAUAUCGUUCUUAUUGGAAAGAUGUUCUAUUGGACUAUUUGUGCAAUCGUUCCGGCAGCACAUUAAGCAUAAAAGAUGUUUCACAGGAAAUGGCUAUAUACUCAUACGACAUUGUUAGCACCCUACAAGCUUUAGGUAUGAUGAAGUAUUGGAAAGGGAAACAUAUCGUACUCAAAAAACAGGACGUCUUAGAUGAUUAUGAAGAACGUAUUAAACGACGUGGUACUUUCCCCAAAAUUGAUGAGACAUGUUUGCGUUGGAUCCCAUUUGUGCCCACACAAACGAACGAAUCUCCCUGAAAAAGGGCGAUAACUAAUUAUGAUUAAAAAUCGCUAAGCUAUAAGUA